AUGAAACGACAACGACAUAACCAAAUUCUCAAUGAUUUUAAUACUGCCACCACUUUUCCUAAAUUCAUUAUCCGUACUCCGUAUGAACCUCAUGCUUCAUAUGUAUAUACACAAAAUAUUUUUUAUCAGGUUCAGAAAGAGAUAUCAAGAGUUGAAGAUAAUUGUUUCCAAAAGAAUGUGAUAUCUUCCAAUGGUGUUGACACAAUUAUUGUUCUGGAGAAAACAAAGAACAUAACUAUUAGGGAUACUGAACACACGAUCAAACACUCAACCAAAGAUGGUUCGUUCAAAUGUACUUGUAUGCAUUUUGAACAUGUAGGUAUCUUAUGUAGACACAUAUUCUGUGUGUUUAAGUUUUAUGGCAUCGAACAAAUUCCUGAAAAGUACAUUUUGAAACGUUGGCGUAGGGAUGUUAUUCCAACAGAAUUACUGAAAAGACGUUUCAUUAAUUCUUUUGACGAUUCUAAUUUCGACAUGACUGUUAUUGAUAUUUUUUCAAUGGUUGACCAUUGUGUGUCUUUUUUGAGCCAUGAUGCAGCUAAGUUAAAGUUAUACCUCGACGAGCAAAAUAAGUUGAAAAAAAAAUUCGUAGACGACUGUCCAAAUCAUGAUCUACCGACCAGAGCAGAUCAUUUCAAGAAGCUUUUAGGCGUGGUUGAUCCUUAUGUAGAAUCUGAUGUUAAUGACAUUCAGAAUCCUACAGAUAUUCGUAACAAAGGUUGUGGUAGUUGUGGGAAAAGAUUAAAAUCUACAAAAGAGAUGAUUGAGAAGAAAAGCACGAAACCUAAGAGAAAAUGUGCUACAUGUGAACAGAUGGUUCAUCAUGACAAAAGAAAUUGUCCUCUAAAGAACGCCCAGAAAUAA